AUGUCGUCGCUGUGGAUCAUCAAUAAAGCCGGCGGCCUUAUCUACCAGGCCGAGUAUUUUCAGUAUCCAAAGGACGUGAAUCUGUCAUCGAAUGACUACCUCGUUUUGGCUGGCACGCUGCAUGGGAUCCACGCGAUCGCCUCGCGCAUUACGCCUGCUCCCGGCAAAGAGAGUCAGGGGCUUGAGGUCCUCGAGGCGGACAAUUUGCUUAUCCGUGUGAAAAUGACCGCGACAGGUACAAAGCUGGUACUUCUCGCUGACGCGACACAUCCCAACUCGUCCGAUGUGCUCCAGCGCGCAUACGAGCUCUAUGCGGAGCAUGUCAUGAAGAAUCCCUUCUACAUUGCCGAAAUGCCCAUCCGCAUCGAUGCGUUCGAUCGAGAAAUCCAGCGCCUCCUCCAGUAG